GCCAUGUAGCAGGGCCAGCCUCAGUUGUACCAAGCAUAGUUUUGAUGCAGCUUCUUUAGUACCUUACAAUAAUAUUAGCAAAUAUUUCCUCUUUCCUCACAGGGCUUUUCCGUUGAAAUGAUGAUUCUUUACCUGGACCAAUUUGUUCCUUUUCCACUUAUACUUUUGUACCACUGGACUGUCAUUACUCUAUCCCUAAAUCUUGAGGAUCCAAAUGUGUGCAGCCACUGGGAGAGUUAUUCUGUUACAGUGCAAGAAUCCUAUCCACAUCCUUUUGAUCAGAUUUACUACACCAGCUGUACUGACAUUCUGAACUGGUUCAAAUGCACCCGGCACAGAAUCAGUUAUCGAACGGCCUACAGACAUGGAGAAAAAACUAUGUAUAGACGGAAAUCGCAGUGUUGCCCUGGAUUUUAUGAAAGCAGGGAAAUGUGCAUCCCUCACUGUGCUGAUAAAUGCAUCCAUGGCCGUUGUAUUGCUCCAAACACCUGUCAGUGUGAGCCUGGCUGGGGUGGACCCAACUGCUCCAGUGCAUGUGACAGUUACCACUGGGGACCCCACUGCACCAGUCGUUGCCAAUGCAAAAACGGAGCUCUGUGUAACCCCAUCACCGGAGCCUGCCAUUGCUCUGCUGGAUUCAAGGGAUGGCGCUGCGAAGAGCGCUGUGACCAAGGGACAUAUGGAAAUGACUGCCACCAAAAAUGCCAAUGUCAGAAUGGCGCCACUUGUGAUCAUGUGACCGGAGAAUGUCGAUGCCCUCCUGGAUACACCGGAGCGUUCUGUGAGGAUCUCUGUCCCCCUGGCAAGCAUGGACCACAGUGUGAAGAACGAUGCCCGUGCCAGAACGGGGGAGUGUGUCAUCAUGUAACUGGAGAAUGCGCCUGUCCACCUGGCUGGAUGGGCACAGUCUGUGGUCAGCCUUGCCCUGAAGGGCGCUAUGGAAAGAACUGCUCCCAGGAAUGUCAAUGCCACAAUGGAGGGACAUGUGACUCAGCAACAGGUCAAUGUCGCUGUGGUCCUGGCUACACAGGGGAACGGUGUCAGGAUGAAUGUCCAGUGGGGACUUUUGGAGUAGCAUGUGCAGAGACCUGCCAGUGCAUGAAUGGUGGAAAGUGCUACCACAUUAGUGGUGCAUGUCUUUGUGAGCCAGGAUAUACAGGAGAACACUGUGAAACAAGGCUGUGCACUGAAGGUGUCUAUGGUAUCAAAUGUGACAGAAGAUGUCCUUGUCAUUUGCCAAACACUCGCAGCUGUCACCCAAUGUCUGGAGAAUGCUCCUGCAAGCCUGGCUGGUCUGGACUCUACUGUAAUGAGACGUGUUCCCCAGGGUUCUAUGGUGAAUCUUGUCAACAGAUCUGCAGUUGCCAAAAUGGCGCCGACUGUGAUAGUGUGACUGGGAAAUGCAUUUGUGCCCCAGGAUUUAAGGGUUAUGACUGUUCUAUUCCUUGCCCUCCUGGAACAUACGGAGUAAAAUGUUCAUCUACAUGCAACUGUAAAAAUGAGGCCAUCUGUUCCCCAGUGGACGGUUCUUGUACCUGCAAAGCAGGCUGGCAUGGAGUGGACUGCUCUAUCAACUGCCCUAGUGGGACUUGGGGUCUUGGUUGUAAUUUAACAUGCCAAUGUCUUAAUGGCGGGGCCUGUAAUACGCUGGAUGGAACUUGCACCUGUGCACCAGGAUGGAGAGAAGAAAAAUGUGAACAGCCUUGUCCGGAUGGCACAUACGGGUUGGACUGUGCAGAGCGCUGUGACUGCAGCCAUGCAGAUGGCUGUCACCCAACUACUGGCUACUGCCGCUGCCUCCCAGGAUGGUCAGGUAUGCGUUGUGACAGUGUAUGUGCCGAAGGACACUGGGGUCCAAAUUGUUCAUUGUCCUGUUACUGUAAAAAUGGAGCAUCAUGUUCUCCAGAUGAAGGAAUUUGUGAAUGUGCACCUGGGUACAGAGGCACUACUUGCCAAAGAAUUUGCUCUCCUGGAUUCUAUGGCCAUCGCUGCAGUCAGGCGUGUCCCCAGUGUGUGCACAGCAGUGGUCCGUGCCACCAUGUGACAGGGCUGUGCGACUGUUUACCUGGUUUCACAGGGGCGCUUUGCAAUGAAGUCUGUCCCAGUGGAAGAUUCGGGAAGAAUUGUGCAGGAAUUUGCACCUGCACCAAUAAUGGAACUUGUAAUCCAAUUGACAGAUCUUGUCAAUGUUAUCCUGGCUGGAUUGGGAGUGACUGUUCUCAGCCUUGCCCUCCUUCCCACUGGGGCCCAAAUUGUAUCCAUACUUGCAAUUGCCACAAUGGAGCUCGCUGUAGUGCUUAUGAUGGGGAGUGUAAAUGCACCCCAGGCUGGACUGGGCUCUACUGCACACAAAGAUGCCCUUUGGGUUUUUAUGGAAAGGACUGUGCAUUAAUCUGCCAGUGUCAGAACGGAGCCGACUGUGAUCACAUCUCAGGGCAGUGUACAUGUCGCACAGGCUUCAUGGGGAAACACUGUGAACAGAAGUGUCCCCAGGGUACAUAUGGAUAUGGCUGCCGGCAAAUAUGUGAUUGUCUGAACAACUCCACUUGUGACCACAUCACUGGAACCUGUUACUGCAGUCCUGGUUGGAAAGGAGCAAGAUGUGACCAAGCUGGGGUAAUCAUAGUGGGAAAUUUGAACAGCUUAAGCCGCACUAGUGCUGCAAUGCCUGCUGAUUCUUACCAGAUUGGAGCCAUUGCUGGCAUCAUUAUUCUCGUCCUUGUUGUCCUCUUCUUGCUAGCACUAUUCAUCAUUUAUAGACAAAAACAGAAGGUGAAAGAAACAAAUAUGCCAGCAGUUACCUAUACACCUGCCAUGAGGGUCAUCAACACAGACUAUACUGUUUCAGAAACCAUUCCUCACAGCAAUGGUGGGAAUGCUAAUAGUCACUACUUCUCCAACCCAAGCUAUCAUACUCUAACACAAUGCUCAAACUCAGCAAAUGCCAACAACCUGGACAGGAUCACUGUGGCAAAGACAAACAACAAUCAACUCUUUGUGAAUCUUAAGAACAUGGACCCUGCAAAGCGAGGCCCUGUCAUGGACUAUACGGGAACAUUGCCUGCUGACUGGAAGCAUGGAGGCUACCUCAAUGAGCUUGGGGCUUUUGGAAUUGACAGAGGUUGUACGGGCAAAUCUCUGAAAGAUCUAAUGAAGACUUCUGAAUACAAUUUAAGUAACUGCUCUUUAAGUAGCUCUGAAAAUCCAUAUGCUACUAUUAAAGAUCCACCAGCACUCACACCAAAAAAUUCAGAAUGUGGUUAUGUGGAAAUGAAGUCACCAGCACGCAGAGACUCUGCCUAUGCAGAAAUUAAUAACUCUGCUUCAACCAAUAAAAAUGUAUAUGAAGUUGAACCUACAGUUAGUGUUAUCCAAGGAACACUGAAUAACAAUGGACCUUUCAGCCAAGAUCUGUAUGAUCUUCCAAAACACAGCCACAUUCCCUGCCAUUACGACCUGCUGCCUGCUCGGGAUAGUCCUGCUUCUUCAGAAAAAGAUGACAUAAGUGAAUGA